GUCGUCAACUUCCGCUUUCUCUUUUGGACUCGCAGAACUGUUCCUCCCAUCUCAGACUGUUGACGUUGCCUAUACUAUAAAGGCUUACAAGUCGUUCAGUAAAACAACCUGUGCUUGGCUUUUUUUUGCCUCUCAAGUAAAUCAGAAUUAUAAGGAAAAAAAAACAACAACAUGGUGUGUUGUCCAUGUUUCUUGAUCCCCAUUUUGAUUUGGGUAUUCCAAAAGUUCAUCGGCCCUUGGCUGUCGAAGAUCUGGAGCAAGCCAGAGGAAAUGGUGAAGAAUGUUGAGAACAAUCUUGUUUGCCCAAUGCCGAAAAGAAAGAAACCGGUGGAUAAAUCGAUGGAGGAUGUGUCAGCAACAGCGGUGGGAACAGAAGAAGACAACGAUUUAUCAAAAGCCAACGGAUGCCUGUCCAGUGGAACGUCAGAUUGCAACUCAUGUCAAGGACAGAGACUGAAAGCGGAAUGACACCCUGUUUUGUUUCCUGUUUAACCCUAUCCGUACGUCCUGGGAUCAUAUUGUACCCCCGGGGUUGUAUUCUUCACAUU